AAACGCGGCGGCGGCGGCGGGAGGAGCUGGGCGCACUCGCCAAGCACAGCCACCGAGCUAGCAAGGGCGGCAGGCGCGGUGAGCGAUCUCAGGUGGUGGCGGCGGCGGCGGUGACAGCAGCAGCAGCAGCAGCAGCAGAGACUGCAGCGGCUAGCGCACACCUUCUCCCCAGUGCGCCCGCAACCUUCCUUCACUGCGCUCCGGGAGCCACCAGAGGUCCCUGGUCACCCGGCCCCCGCGUGCGCGGCCGAGCCUCACGCACAAUAGCAGCCACCUCUACUGUGGUUCCGAGCCCAGGCGUCAGCCAUGGGGAAACCGGCGAGAAAAGGAUGCGACUGGAAGCGUUUCCUGAGGAAUAAUUGGCUGCUGCUCUCCACCGUGGCCUCAGUGGUGCUAGGGAUUGUCAUAGGAGUCUUGGUUCGAGAAUACAGCAAGCUCUCUAACCUGGAGAAAUUCUACUUUUCCUUUCCUGGAGAAAUUCUAAUGAGGAUGCUGAAACUCGUCAUUUUACCAUUAAUUAUAUCCAGCAUGAUUACAGGUGUUGCUGCCCUGGAUUCCAAUGUAUCUGGAAAAAUUGGUCUACGUGCUGUCGUAUAUUAUUUCUGUACCACUAUCAUCGCUGUCAUUUUAGGUAUCAUCCUGGUGGUGAGCAUCAAGCCUGGUGUCACCCAGAAAAUGGAUGAAAUUCACAGGACAGGCAGCAGCCCUGAAAUCAGUACAGUGGAUGCCAUGUUAGACCUGAUCAGGAAUAUGUUCCCUGAGAAUCUUGUGCAGGCCUGUUUCCAGCAGUACAAAACCACGCGUGAAGAAGUGACUCCUUCUAGUGAGCCAGGGACGAAUGGGACAGAAGUGUCUGUCACAGCCAUCAUGACAACUGCUAUUUUCAAGAACAAAACAAAGGAAUACAAAGUCGUAGGCAUGUAUUCAGACGGCAUAAAUGUCCUGGGCUUGAUUGUUUUUUGCCUCGUUUUUGGACUUGUCAUUGGAAAAAUGGGAGAAAGGGGACAGAUUCUGGUGGAUUUCUUCAAUGCUCUGAGCGAUGCAACCAUGAAAAUCGUUCAAAUCAUUAUGUGUUACAUGCCAAUUGGUAUUUUGUUCCUGAUUGCCGGGAAGAUCAUAGAAGUUGAAGACUGGGAAAUAUUCCGCAAACUGGGCCUUUACAUGGCCACUGUCCUGAGUGGGCUUGCAAUCCACUCCAUUGUUAUUCUGCCACUGAUAUAUUUCAUAAUUGUACGAAAGAACCCUUUCCGAUUCGCCAUGGGAAUGGCCCAGGCUCUCCUGACAGCUCUCAUGAUCUCCUCCAGUUCAGCAACACUGCCUGUCACUUUCCGCUGUGCUGAAGAGAAGAACCAGGUGGACAAGAGAAUCACUAGAUUUGUGUUACCCGUUGGUGCUACUAUCAACAUGGAUGGCACCGCACUCUACGAAGCAGUGGCAGCUGUGUUUAUCGCGCAGUUGAAUGACUUGGACUUGGGCAUUGGGCAGAUCAUCACUAUCAGUAUCACCGCCACAGCUGCCAGCAUUGGAGCUGCCGGGGUGCCGCAGGCCGGCCUGGUGACGAUGGUGAUCGUGCUAAGUGCCGUGGGCCUGCCCGCUGAGGACGUCACCCUGAUCAUUGCUGUCGACUGGCUCCUGGACCGUUUCAGGACCAUGGUGAAUGUCCUCGGUGAUGCGUUCGGGACCGGCAUUGUGGAGAAGCUCUCUAAGAAGGAACUGGAGCGGAUGGAUGUUUCCUCUGAAGUCAACAUCGUGAACCCCUUUGCCUUGGAAUCCACGACACUCGAUAACGAAGACUUAGACACCAAGAAGUCCUAUGUCAACGGAGGCUUUGCUGUUGACAAGUCCGACUCCAUCUCAUUCACCCAGACCUCCCAGUUCUAGGGCCCCUGGCUUUGGAAGACUGGGAAUGGUGAAGGACCUCUCCAGGAGAGUCAUCUCUUAGCAAAUUCAAACACUAAAUAAGGAAAACACCAAUAGCCAAACAUUUGAUUUAAUAUACAGACCUCUGGAUUACUUUCUAUAUUUAGAGUCACAGCUUUUUCUUUGAGUUUUGGCAUAUGGAGGGUAGGAUAAAAUGAGAGGAAAUUGAUGAAAAGGAAAGCUGUAUUAUCUGGAAUUUUUAAAUUCUGUAAGAGUCAGAGUUUGGAAGUAUUUAAAGUGGUAACUACUGGAAUUAGAUCAUAGAUGUGAAAAUGAAACUUCUCUCUCAUGCACAGACCAGUGCUUCGGGUUUUUUUUAAAAAAUAUUCUGUCAUUGACUAUACAUUUUUACUCAGGCUUCCUACUGACAUAGAUUUCCUUUGACCUCUCACAUUUUUAUAGAUUAUAACAACACCCUUCAUCUCCAGCCAAUUUCAAAGAAACUACUUUGAAAGAAAAUAGACCAGCGCAGUUCUGCAAUAACAGUUUUAAGAUGGGUGUGAGGUUUGUGGAGAAGAGAUGAGGGUUCUUUUUUUCAAUGUACUGUAUUGGGAUGCUGGUAACUAUUAAGCCAGUGUUCAAUAUAGAGCUAGAUAUAUAUAUAUAAAUAUGUAUAUAUUUAUUAUUUUCAUAUAAUUUUCCAGACAGAGAUCGGAAUUGAAUUGUCAAUGUGAAAUAAAGAACUCUCCUUGUACUUGAAUAAUAACUACAAUUUCAGUCCACAUCUGCUUUGGGGUUUAUCAGGACUCCGCUCUCCUGAGCACUAGAAUGAAAAGUCAUGUUUGAUUGUUUCACAUCUGUGUAUCAGCCCCAAAGCAGAGAUUAAGUCUGGUGAUACUCUGAAGUGGCACAGCCACUCAUAUACAACUUCCAGAUUCUACUGCUGGGAGAGAAUCCAUUAAGCUUCUAUAUAAAAUCAUAUACAAAGGUGUCAUUCACAUAAGGCUGGAUGUGUUUUUAAUCCAACUGGAAGGCUUCCUUCUUCCAGGGUCCUUAAUACCCACUUAAAAUGAUAGUACUUUGCCCUUUUAUACCCAUCAGGCCCAAACCAUAAUGGCAAGCUGCCAGCUAAGUUGUAUUUUAAUAUGGGUUUGAUGGGUUGAACAAGCCACAUUGGCCAGAAAGGCACUAUCUCUACCCUGGACUCUUGCAGGGUAAGUCCCAUGACAUGAGACAUUGGUAUCAGUGGUUCAGGGAACUUCUUGAAUUGUAUGAAAGUUGUAUCCUCCAGGGUAGACUGCUGUUGUUAACUAGUAGUCUAGUAGCCUCCCUGCUCAUCAAAAUCUGUUGCCUGUCAUUCUCCUGGUCAUUUGUGAAGACAGCAUAUUGAAGUCUGUGCUUUGCCUCUCAUCUUGUAAAUAAUGCUUAACACACUCUUGUAUUUACACCAAGAUCCAAAACAGUCCUGUUUCUGCAGUAUAGCCAAUUUAAGCCUGGCUUUUAUAUUUAAAAAACCAGAAACUGUGCCAAAGAUCACAGAAUAGUAAAUAAAUGCUCAGUAUUGACCACUUGCACCUGAAAUCUAUAAAAGAAUGAUCCCAAGUGGUCAGGUAAACAUUAAAUUCAAUGUGAAUUUUAUUUGAUUCAAUGUGAAUUUUAAAAUGCAAAUACCAAUGUUGUUUAUAGGAAGAAAAUCUCAAUAUAAAUACAGUUGAAUCAGUAACAUCUUGGGCUGAAUGGUUCUACUCCCUUGGCAGGAUGCUCCUGUUUAAGGCACUAGAGUUGGCAGAGCUGUUUGUGAACUGCAGGUCAUCCUUAUUUUGAACUGAGUUUGUAACCAGCCUCUUAACACUGUGCUGUUAACUCAUAAAGGAGAACUGUGUUCCAUUUCAGUCCCAAUAAACAUUUCUGUCAUUCUUUGUUC